UCCUCACUGUGCUGCUAAUUUAGCUAACCCCAACGGCGGGCGGUGUGUCGUAGACCGUUUGUUUGACAUCUUAUCUGUGGUGAAAUUAGUCCUGGACCGCGUAGAAGACCCCGUUACAAUUCUCUCGUAUGUGUCUGGGAUGUAUGGAUGGAUAGUUGACGGAAUCUCAUCGCUGUUUGAGCCCGUUACUGGGCAGAACCACAACGAGUGGCCCGGGAAAGGUAACGUUAGCCAGGACAUACCCACGCGACCUGGCGUAGAUGAGCAGCGGCACGAGAGCCUCAUCAGACCGGCCAAACGGAACUACCAGAGUGUUGAUGUUGCAGACAAUGUUUGCCAGAGUGACCAGGUAGAGGUGAAAAGAAAUAGGCGAGAUGUAGUCAUUAGCUUUGUGAAGAAGACUGUGGCCGGUGUAGCAGGUCUGCUCAGGCUUCGCAACCGGCGGAAGACCAGUGUGACGCCCGAACAUUAUGAAGACAUGCAGCCUGUCACUCUGAUAGGGAUAGAUGAGCUCCAAACCUCGUGGCUGAACAGGACCGAGUGGAGAAUGAUUAAACCAAUAGUUGGAGUGAAUGAUAGGAGGGGGAAGAAUCCCUUUCAGAGCUCCUCUCCUCCUUUAAUGAGGAAAUACAGCGGGUCGAAUCUGUCCGCGGUGCUCUCGGACAGGGGGAAGGAUCGGGAGAGGAGAGCCUCCCUCCAGCUGCUGCCCUCCAGACCUGCUCAGAGAGUAGGAACCACUAACCCCGAUCCAACCUGCAAUAGCUUUGGACAUACUCGCUGCUACAAGCCCAUUCUUACUGUAGAAGAGGACAUAAAGCAGUACAACAAGGAACACUACAGGCGCUUGCUGGAGAGGGUGACGGAGCAACACAGCAAAAGCCAACCACUACCUUUCAACCAAACCAAACCAAAAGAUGCGUCGCUGUCACAGGGCGAUCACAGAACUGCUGCCUCCGGAAAAGCCUUUGAACCAGUGCCCAGGAAAAUGGGACACACAGCUGCUCCUAGUAAGUUUACAUGGAGAAAUGCAUCUGCAACCAAGGACAGAUGGGGUAGCCUGACUUUUAGUAAAACAUUCAGUGGAGCCUUUGAGGACACGCAGCCUGUGAGAUGUGCAAAGCCUGUGUUGCAGCAGAAACAGGCAGCCGAUUUGGAUCUUUCUACAGAAGUAGCUACUCGCCUCAACCUAGUGGACAGAGAGACUCUUGCUGUCAGCCUCCCUGACUCCCAUCCUGCACACACAGCACAUACAAGGCACAGCGAUGAAGACAUACCCAGGCUGACCAAGGAGAUGUCAGCCGAGGUGAGUUGUGCUCUGGCUCAGAGUGAUCCCAACCUGGUUCUCAGCGCGGCGUUCAAACUGCACAUCACACAGAGAGAUCUGGCCACGCUGCAGGAAGGAGGCUGGCUCAACGACGAGGUGAUGAACUUCUACCUGUCUCUUGUCAUGGAGCGGUGCUCUGGUGAAGCAGCAGGAUUGAAAAUCUACUCGUUCAGCACCUUCUUCUUCCCGAAGCUGCGGGGGGGCGGAGGCGGGCAGGCAGGCGGACACACGGCAGUGAGGCGCUGGACCAAGGCUGUCGACCUCUUCCUCUACGACCUCCUCCUGGUCCCUCUGCACCUGGGCGUCCACUGGGCGAUGGCUGUGAUUGAUUUGAAGUCAAAGACAGUUAAGUCAUAUGACUCGAUGGGACACAGGCACGAUGACAUCUGCGGUCUUUUACUACAUUACCUAAAAGAGGAGCACAAAGUAAAGAAAGGCAGAGAGCUCGAAGGCACUAAAUGGUCUGUUGGGAGCUUGCGGGAGAUUCCCCAGCAAAAGAAUGGCAGCGACUGUGGGGUUUUCGCAUGUAAAUACGCUGACUAUAUCGCAAAAGGAAGUCCUCUAACCUUUAAACAGUGCCACAUGCCGAUCUUCAGGAAAGUAAUGAUUUGGGAAAUCCUCAAUCAGAAACUGCUUUAAAGGAUCGCAACAAUUUCUAAUUACCGCCUAACAACAGUGACCUUCUGAAUGGGAGCAACAUCUGUGUAGAUUAACUACAUGCUGAAGAAAAAAAUGAAUGGGCCAAAGACGUGGACCAAAAUUAACCCAGUGUCGCUGUUCUGGUCUGAGGAAAUUAAAACAAAGUCUUAAAAGAUGGUUGUAUCUCCUUUCCUGUAUUAACAUUUUGAAUUCUCUGAGUUAUAAUUGGAGACAUUAUCAGGAUGGAAGAAGUGUAUGUUUUACACAAGUUUUGGCACUACUGACUGAAUGGCUUUUUGUACUGACUUAAUAGUUGGUUCUACUGUUUGAAGUGUUGCCGGAAGUGCCUUCAGCCCUCUGACACUGAGCUCCAAUUAGAGAGCAUGCUUUUGUUUAUUUUGGGAAAUUACUUGGUCACAUAAAAAUCAAAAGUCUGACUCAAAAUGUAUUUAAUUUGAUUGUUGAAGAUCAGUGAUAUUUCGGUGUAAAUUCAAAACUGUGAGAUUGUAUUGUCAACAGUGACUACUGCAAUGCUAAUGUCAUGAAUGCAAUCUCUGUGGGAAAUGUAGACAAUGAAAAUCAAUCAAUACCUCCUUUCCAGUCCCUUAUUUAAAAGAGAUGUUGACAUGGUUGACCGCUUGAAGUAUGUUUGUUUUGCUAUUAUUUAUGACUUGACUGGAUGAGAAAGUGUUUCUGGAGAGUGUGUAUAGUUUGUUUUACUCCAUGAGUGGAGCAUUUAUCGAUGUUUACCAUAAUUAUGAAACACAAGGCGCUGUUUGAUCUAGCAAUCUUUUCCAUGAGCAUAAUGCAAGAGGCUACUUAGGGCUAUAACAUUAAGUUAAACUUACAGUAUAGUAUACUGCAUAGCAAACUACUGUACACACACACAUGUUUGAGUUCAUGCUUAAAAGUGUGAUUUUCUUUCUCCCUGUAAUAAAGUAUUUCAUUUUUAAAACUGGA